CGUAUCGGGUCACAGAUAUAUCGCUGACGUUCAACCGCGAAGAUCGCUAAAGACCUCCUAGGAAAAUCGCAACCAGAGCUGCAUUGGUUGCUGCCGGAACAUGGCCUUUCAACUCGAAGAGGGUGGUAUCCUUGAUGACGAAUCCAAGGCUCUAGCUCUAAAGGAACUCAGAGAAACUGAAGAAAAUGUCAAAAAUGGCAUUAUUGCUCUUAGAAAUCUUUUGGAAGAGGAUAAAGCUCUUUACUUCAGGACAGAUGAUGAUUUCCUAAUGAUUUUUUUGAGGCCAUGCAAAUUCUACCCAGAAAGCGCACAUGCUUUGAUGAAAAGAAUUGCUGAAUUUAAACAGAGUAAUGCUUCAUUACUCGAUAAUCUGAUGCCGUCUGACGAGAAAAAAGCAUUUUUGGAAAACAAUGUAGUCAAUGUCCUAAAAGGCAGAGACCACAAGAGGCGAAGAGUUCUUAUUGUAAACGCAGGAAAGACUUGGGAUCCUUCAAAAGUCAGUGCUGAUCAGAUGUUCCGUAUAUUUUACCUUAUUCAUGAAGCUGCUGUGCUUGAAACUGCUACACAGGUACAUGGAGUAGUUGUAAUUAUGGACUUCGAUGGUCUUUCCAUGAAACAAGUUAUGGGUCUGACACCUGCCUUCUGCAUGAGACUCCUGUCUUUUAUUCAAGAAGCUAUGCCUCUUCGAUUGAAAGAGGUACAUUUCGUAAAACAACCUUUCCUCUUCAACAUGGUAUGGCAAAUGUUCAAGCCUUUCGUUAAGGAAAAGUUGAAGAAAAGAAUGUUCUUCCAUGGGACAAAAAUGUCUUCCUUACACACUCAUAUGGCAGCAAGUCACUUGCCAAAGAAUUAUGGUGGCGAAUUACCUGAAAUUGAUUACACUGGUGCUGAUUGGUAUCCUGCUAUUGUUAAAUACGAAGACAGAGUAAAAGAAUGGAACACGUAUGGAUUCCGCAAAAACUAAACUUUCGACUCGGCGUUUUACACAGAGGCUCAUUGAUACAUUUUCAAGAACAAUAAGGGUCUCCGCAAUUUAUUGAUAAUAAUAAUUAGACUUUGAAUCUAGGUUAUAUAAUGUUUUUAUUCAUUACUAUGUAUGUGUAAAUAGAAGACACAUAAUAA